CGAUCAUGUCCUCUUCAAUACUUUCGUGACUGGCUCAACAAACACUUUACCAGAAUUUCCACAUCCUGAUAAAUUCAUUUCCCGUGAAGAAAUUGUUAAUAGAAUCAAAACCAUGCUUACACCGCAAUAUGGAUCUAACUUUUACCAGGUUGUUUCAGGAUCACAUGGUGUGGGUAAAUCGACCAUUGUUUGUCAAGCAGCGAAGGAAGUCGGUCGUGGAGUGAUUUAUAUCGACGUACCUCCUAAUGUUACAAAAUUUGGUGAUGAGUUUGCCAAAGCUCUAAACAUAUCAUUCGAUGAACAUAUUUCAUUUACGUCAGCUCUGUUCCGAAAGAUUUGGGGAAUCCCUUUAGGAUCAG